AGUGCUUCUGGUUUCUGCACGCAUGGAGAUAUAGGAUUGAAAUUGCUUUGCUUUCUUUACAAAUGACUCAGAGUGUGCUUGUCCUUCCCUAAAAUGUUGCCGGCGUGUAAAGGAUUUUCAAUGAGCAGUGCAAUAAGCCAGCAUCUGGGGAGGUUUGGAGCUGCACUGUUAUAACGUGGUCCUGUCACACAGAUAAUCAGGGCUGGAGUCAAGUCUCGGUGGCUCUGUGCAUUGUACUGGUCACAUACUGGAAGUUUUGUUUAUUCAACUUGGCUGCUCUCUAGGCUGCUGAGAGCCCUGCCAGGAUGUGGAGUGGACUUCCUAGCAGAGGCAGUACAUGCCACACUACUCCCCUCCCAGCUCUUGUGCGCACACCCACUCUGAUGAUGCAGCCUUCACUGGAUAUCAAACCAUUUAUGUCUUUCCCAGUGGACAGUAGUUCUGCUGUUGGGCUCUUUCCAAAUUUUAACACAAUGGAUCCUGUUCAAAAAGCAGUCAUAAACCACACAUUUGGAGUGUCCAUUCCCCCAAAGAAGAAACAAGUUAUUUCUUGUAAUGUAUGUCAACUUCGCUUUAACUCGGAUAGCCAGGCCGAGGCCCACUACAAAGGAAGUAAACAUGCCAAGAAGGUCAAAGCACUAGAGGCAACGAAAACUAAACCCAAAAUGGUUUCUUCCAAGGACAGCGCAAAGGCUAAUCCCAGCUGCUCCAUCACUCCAAUCACAGGCAACAGCUCUGACAAAUCAGAAGAUAAAGGAAAAUCGAAAGCCAGUAGUUACAGUCAGCCGUCAAGCGCUGAAGGUAGCUCGUUCCUCCUCAAAUCUGGCACAACACUCCUGCCACCUGGAGCAGCCACUUCUCCCUCCAAGAGCACAAACGGAGCUCCUGGUGCCGCUUCUGAAUCAGAAGAAGAAAAAGCCAAAAAAUUACUCUAUUGUUCACUAUGCAAAGUGGCUGUGAACUCCCUGUCACAGCUGGAGGCACACAACACAGGCUCUAAACACAAGACAAUGGUUGAAGCUCGUAAUGGGGCUGGCCCAAUUAAGUCCUACCCUAGACCUGGAUCAAGGUUAAAGAUGCAGAAUGGCAGUAAGGGGUCUGGACUACAGAACAAGACGUUUCAUUGUGAGAUUUGUGAUGUCCAUGUUAAUUCAGAAAUUCAGCUGAAACAGCACAUCUCUAGCCGUAGGCACAAGGAUCGAGUUGCAGGGAAACCACUGAAGCCGAAAUACAGUCCUUACAACAAACUCCAGCGGAGCCCAAGUAUUUUAGCAGCAAAACUUGCAUUCCAGAAGGACAUGAUGAAGCCUUUGGCCCCGGCCUUCUUGUCAUCGCCCUUGGCGGCGGCAGCAGCAGUGUCCACUGCGCUGUCACUACCACCCCGGCCAUCUGCCUCGCUCUUCCAGGCUCCAGCCAUACCUCCAGCUCUCCUGAGGCCGGGCCAUGGGCCCAUCAGGGCCACUCCCGCUUCCAUCCUCUUUGCUCCAUACUAAUGCCUGCAAGUUCCAAGACGGUUGAGACCAGUAAGAAAGUUGAGGAGGAAAUCCAAAACAAUUCAGCAAUUUCAGCAUUUUUGCGUUGCAGUACCCCUCACUUACCCACAAAAUGUAGCAUCUCACCCCUUAACCUGAGCUCCCAAGAACAGCAGAUCACUAGAUUCAAGAGUGCUUUGUGGGGUGUGUGUAUGAUUUAGGGAUCUAAGCAGCACAGUCUAUACCCUUCUCUUCUCCUACUCCACCUUCUCUGCCCCAUUCAGUCUGAGUAUCUGAAAUAUUUGAUUAGUUGAGAAAGUAUUGCUCAGAAAGAGGUGGGGGAAGUCAUUCUCCACCAUUUUCCCCAUGAGUGUGAUCUGGCUUAGGAACAAUAUGGAAUAUUUUCCUGACAGGCUUGAAAACUAGGAUCUUCCUCAUGCGUCUGUAAAUAACUCUGGAAUCUAACUGGGCAUAUUCUAGUGUGGAGUGAAAAAAAACUAGAUGAACACAAGUACUCACUUGCGGAUACCAUUUAACCAACGGAUCACAGCAUUUUCUCUUUUGGUGUACUAUUGUUGACAGGGAUUGUGUACUGUUUUAGACCCAAGUACUGUUGUAUCCUGUGUAGUACUAGAUCUGUAUCUCUUGUCUGAAUUUAACAUUUUUAGUUGCUGUGUAAAUGUUAGGAAGCAAAAUAACUUUGAAUUUUUCUCUUCAGGAGAACAAAUGAUAAAGCAAUGUGUUUUCUUUGUUUCACAUUUUAUUUGAGAUAUUUAAAAGAAAUAGAAAGCCAUAUAACAUAGCUAUAAUUACUACCUGUUUCCUAUUUUUUGUUGUUGUUGUUUAACUUAUUUUGUAGCUUCCUCACUGGUUUGAGUUGCUGAGCAUAUGUAUUCAAACAGAAAAAAGAGCUUCCUAAAUUGCACAUUUUUUGCACCUCUUGUGCAUUCUGCAAGAAGACAAUGAAUCCAUGUAUUUCUACGCAGUCACCUUCUUUAUUUUUAAACCUGUUCUCAUUUGUAAUGAUGCUACAUAAUUUUGUGGCUCCCUAAUGCAAUAAUGUACAGAAGAUUAAAGAAAUUUAUAAUUGAACAACUUGUCUUUCUGUUCACUAGAUCUGUUGCAGGUCCUGUUGCCAUGCCCCCCUUUCUACACUGGUAUCAACAAGACUGGAAUGUUUGUGAUAUCAGGGGCAAGAGGUAUCAUUAAAUAACAAAAUAGAGUUAACUCUUUUAGAGCAUCUAUAUCUUCAAUCUGUAAAUGGUAAAAUGUCUGUGUAUUUUUUUAAAUGUAUCUUUUCAAUAAAAGUACAAAA